CAAGCCCCGAGUUUGUAGAUGGGGCUGCUCAGCGGCGCCUGCGGCUGAGGGAGAGCAGCGGCGGCGGCGGGAGCAGAGGAGCGGCGGCGCGGAGGCGGCUGAGGUGCGAGCCGCAGCAAUGCAGCAAGUCUUGGAAAACCUUACGGAGCUGCCCUCAUCUACAGGAGCAGAAGAAAUAGACCUAAUUUUCCUCAAGGGGAUUAUGGAGAAUCCUAUUGUAAAAUCACUUGCUAAGGCUCAUGAGAGGCUUGAAGAUUCAAAACUAGAAGCUGUCAGUGAUAAUAACUUGGAAUUAGUUAAUGAAAUUCUUGAAGAUAUCACUCCCCUAAUAAAUGUGGAUGAAAAUGUGGCAGAACUGGUUGGUAUACUCAAAGAGCCUCACUUCCAGUCGCUCUUGGAAGCCCAUGAUAUUGUGGCAUCAAAGUGUUAUGAUUCACCUCCAUCAAGCCCAGAAAUGAAUAAUUCUUCUCUCAAUAAUCAGUUAUUACCAGUAGAUGCCAUUCGUAUUCUUGGAAUUCACAAAAGAGCUGGAGAGCCAUUGGGUGUAACGUUCAGGGUUGAAAAUAAUGAUCUGGUAAUUGCCCGAAUCCUUCAUGGAGGAAUGAUAGAUCGACAAGGUCUGCUUCAUGUGGGAGAUAUCAUCAAAGAAGUCAAUGGCCAUGAGGUUGGAAACAACCCAAAGGAAUUACAGGAAUUACUGAAAAAUAUUAGUGGAAGUGUCACCCUAAAAAUUUUACCAAGUUAUAGAGAUACCAUUACUCCUCAACAGGUAUUUGUAAAGUGUCAUUUUGAUUAUAACCCAUACAAUGAUAACCUGAUACCCUGCAAAGAAGCAGGAUUGAAGUUUUCCAAAGGAGAAAUUCUUCAGAUUGUAAAUAGAGAAGAUCCAAACUGGUGGCAGGCUAGCCAUGUGAAAGAGGGAGGAAGCGCUGGUCUCAUUCCAAGCCAAUUCCUGGAAGAGAAGAGAAAGGCAUUUGUUAGAAGAGACUGGGACAAUUCAGGACCUUUUUGUGGAACUAUAAGUAGCAAAAAAAAGAAAAAAAUGAUGUAUCUCACAACCAGAAAUGCAGAAUUUGAUCGUCAUGAAAUUCAGAUAUACGAGGAAGUAGCUAAAAUGCCUCCCUUCCAGAGAAAAACGCUAGUAUUAAUAGGAGCUCAAGGUGUGGGCCGAAGAAGUUUGAAAAACAGGUUCAUAGUACUGAAUCCCACUAGGUUUGGAACUACAGUGCCAUUUACUUCACGGAAGCCACGGGAAGAUGAAAAAGAUGGCCAAGCAUAUAAAUUUGUGUCACGAUCAGAGAUGGAAGCAGAUAUUAAAGCUGGAAAGUAUUUGGAGCAUGGGGAAUAUGAAGGAAACCUCUAUGGAACCAAGAUCGACUCUAUUCUUGAAGUUGUCCAGACCGGACGAACUUGCAUUUUGGAUGUCAACCCACAAGCACUGAAAGUGUUGAGGACGUCCGAAUUCAUGCCCUAUGUGGUAUUUAUUGCGGCUCCAGAGCUAGAGACGCUACGUGCCAUGCACAAAGCUGUUGUUGAUGCAGGAAUCACUACCAAGCUUUUGACGGACUCUGACUUGAAGAAAACUGUGGAUGAAAGUGCACGGAUUCAGAGAGCAUACAACCACUAUUUUGAUUUGAUCAUUGUAAACGACAAUCUCGACAAGGCCUUUGAGAAACUACAAACUGCCACAGAAAAACUAAGAAUGGAACCACAGUGGGUCCCAAUCAGCUGGGUUUACUGAUGAUUCAAUAAGGUUAACAAUUAAAUAAAACUUUUAAAAAGUGACUCAACAAAUAAAUCUUGUACUGAGAAAGUACAUGCACAGAUAGAAGAUACCUGCCAAAUCUAGGCAUUUUUAUUGUGUAGAUUGAGAUAACAGUACACUAUUCUGAAUUUUUAUAUAAAAUGUGGUUGAAAAGGUGUACUAAUAUAUAAUUUAUCUUAAUUUUUCUAACUUUCUAUGGAUAAUCUUUCUAUUCAUAUCAUAAAGAAAUGCGUUGAAGCA